CAACACGGAUACGCAUGGAGCCUCCAUCACCCCCUGUCUCUUUUACGCACCGAGUCCGAUAAUGCGCGCAGGUACAGGGACCCUAAUCGCCACAUUUCCAGCCGCCACACUGACAAAUUAAUUUUCUCUUAUGGACUAAUAUUAAAGAAGUGGAUGCAGAGGUCUGACACAGCCAAGAAAGGAGGCACAUUUCUUGUGGAUCAUUCUUGUUUUCCAUCACCGAGCGCCAGCAUGGAUGUCUUAGCGAACCACAGUAUCUUUCAGGAACUUCAGCUCGUUCACGACACCGGCUACUUCUCUGCCAUGCCUUCGCUGGAGGAAAACUGGCAGCAGACCUGCCUAGAAUUGGAGCGCUAUCUGCAGACGGAGCCCAAGCGUCUGUCAGAGCUCUUCGACCAAGACCUGGAUGGCCUCCUAACUCCGGCCUACCUGAAGGAGGACGGUGAGGAAGAGCUGACGGACGCCCUGCUCCCCAGCCUACCCAGCCUCCCUGAGCCCCCGAGCCCUCCUCCAGUCCUCCUCUUCCCAACACGGAAGAAUUUUCCCUCCACUGGUACAAUGAAAAGAGACCUCAAACCUAAGGGCCAGGGGCUGGAAAGCGCAGAGGGCGUGGAAGGGGUCCACCAGGCCCAGCUGAGCGCCGUCACCUCCCUGACGCCACCGUCGUCGCCAGAGCUGGGCAGGCACCUCGUCAAACCCAACCAGACGCUGACAGCCUCAGCUGAUGGGACACUUACCCUGAAGCUGGUGGCCAGGAAGGUGGGGCUUAGCACGGCCCGGCUGGUGGCGGCGCACGCACUCCCUGUUCGAAUGAGGGACGAAGAAGAGGGGGCGACUUGUGUUAUCGGGGUGGGGGAGCUACCGGAGAACAAGAAGAGGAUCCACCGUUGUCAAUUCAACGGCUGCAGGAAGGUGUACACCAAGAGCUCCCACCUAAAGGCCCAUCAGAGGACACAUACAGGUGAGAAGCCGUACAAGUGCUCGUGGGAGGGCUGCGAGUGGCGAUUCGCCCGGAGUGACGAGCUGACGAGGCACUACCGCAAACACACCGGCGCCAAGCCUUUUAAGUGCAACCACUGUGACAGGUGUUUCUCGCGGUCAGAUCACUUGGCUCUACACAUGAAGAGGCACAUCUGAGGAAUUUGAGAGAGGUCAGCGGGAGUGGAAGAGAGGGGAAGGGGAUGGAGGCGGAGCGGAAGAAGGAGAGGGAGCAUCGUCUGCAGAGAAAUAACACCAUGGAUGUUAGAGAGAGAUGGCAGGAUGGACUCAAAAAACACCACAUUUGGCCAUUCUGGACUGGAGGGAGAAGCACCACACAGGGACGCUGACUACAGACAGUAACACAGACAGGCAGACAGAUGGAUCCUAAGUAGCUCUGUCAAUCUGUGCUCAACCAGUUGGUCCAUGAUUCCACAGUGACACGUUGUCACCUCACAAAUGUCUCCCGGUGUUGUCGCGUGGACGAUACAGACGCUCCAUCCCACCCUCCGUAUGCGUCUCAGAGGGGAUGUCACACGAUGAAUGGUGGACCACGUGCCUGUAGUUGGCAGCUCUUUGUUGUAGUCGUCCUUGCAGUCUUUGCAAUCGUCCCUCAGCGAAAUGCUCCCGAAAUGUCAGCCCUGUUCAUGCAGCAGUGCACCAGCGGGUUCGCCAACGCCAAACUGGACCAGUUGUACAGUCAUUUCAGUGCGCUAACAGCAGAACUGCUGUUUGUAUAUUCAAGAUUUCCUCUUGUUAGAACGUACCUUGAGCUGAGGAGAAUAGUGAAUUUCCAACAGUAGCUAAACAGCAUUAUCUCACAGGGUAAGCGAGCAAGAAAGCUGGCUUUCUCCCCCUCAAACCUGCCACAGCCUUUACAAAUCGCCAAAGGGUUUAUUAUCUUAUAUAUAGGACAGAUAAUAAUUUGUCAGUUUUUCAUCUGACCUCUGUCACAUCUGCCAACUGGAUCCAUUUAUAAAUCCUUCUGGUUCGAUGGCAAUGGAGCACUUGUUUGAACGGAGCAUUAGAUUGGAUUUCUCAAAGACUUGAGGAUGGGAGUGUGUUGCACUAAUGUGCUUCAAAGACUGAUUGAGGUCAUCCAGAGGACUGGCUUGCUUUAUGAACACCAUCCAUUGAGGGUUACCACUGGAUGAGGCUAACUAAUCUACUCUGGGAAAGACUGUUCAUCUCCUAGAAUGUCAUCUGAAAUCGAGCGUCUCUAGGGAUGCUAAAUGGCUCCUGAGAGUGUUUUCCCUCUCCAGGAUAUCGGCUCUUACGAGUUGUUGUCAGGAACUAUUGCACAAUUGACUCAAACUUUUUGUAAAAAAAAAAAAAAAAUGCCCCCACAGUCUUGAACUGGGAGACAAUUCGGGAAUCACCAAACGCUGGCUUCCACGUGCCGUCGAAGUGCGGACAGCCACAUGCACAAGUUGAAGCAGCUAGCUGACUGCGAUAGCACACCGAACACAAACAAGAUCACUAUGUAUGAUAAAGGCUAUAUUGUUUCUAAGAAAAGAUUCUCCUAUUUGUUCAAAACAGACAAUUGAAAAGACCAUUUUGAAGAACACAUUGGAAAUGGAUGCAGCCAAAAAAAAGUGUCUAUUGUGGAUGCCUGAAAUGAUCUCUUUGGCCUUUGAGAGUGAUUGGCACCCAACAAGUCACUGGGUUGAGGAGGGUUUUUUUGUCUUGCUUGCACCACCCAUGCAGAACUCUUCUAAUUUAGCAGCUCGCAGACUCCAUCACAGAGAAAAGCAGCAUUCAACAGCUCUCCUAAUCGGGCCCUAUGCAUAUCUAAGAACAUUCCUGCUGACUUCCUGACCAUACAUAUGUCUGAAUGCAUAUUGCUGGACACGGAAGGACUUGUAGGAAGACACAAAUUCAGUCAAUUGGGUGGCUCUACUCAGAGCAAAUCAAUGUGAAUGUAUCUGUUGUAAGUCUGUACAUGUUUCUGGGCCCAUGAUAACACUUGUGUGUGGUUGGUAAGAUCAUACCAGACACCAUUUGUGUUUUGACGGUAGUUUCUCUUUUUCACAUUAGGAGUGACUUGGAAUAACUAGCUAGUCACGGCUGGUAGCUUUUGACAUUUUACUGGCCAUACUGGACCAGCAGGGAGGUCAUGAGUGCAGAUUUCAGUGGGUGGCUGAAAUGCGUUAGGGGAGGAACAUAUCUGCUCAGUCAGCAAAUGAUAACUGCCCCAUCAGCUCAUGAAACUGCAGUGAAGUGAAACCCACACACGAGACACAUACAUACUCUCCUAGAAAACUGUAAUUAACAUUUGUCCUUGGUGAUCUGACUUCUGUCCGACAGAACAAAGAGGCAUAAAAUCUAGCAUUUGCUCUGUCUUUAAUCCACAAAUAAAAUUAAUUUUGGGAUGAUCAUCGACUCAACUCAAGCGCACACAAAUCAAACAGGCAGCUUGGACGAAAUAGAUUGUCAGGAUUCUUACGAACAUGAUUGGGAACAACUAUGUCAAGGUGUUUAUUCUUUAUUUUACAAGACUUUUAAUACUUUUGAGGCACACAGCAGUCUGCUUUUUGGCAAGAGAGGCAGUAAAUUGAUUUCACUCUGUAUACCAGAGGUGCAUUUCAAUUUCGGGGUAUGAACACAGCCCAGCUCAAUCAUAUCUAGACAUGAUCUGUCUGCGGCUCUGGAAGUAGAAGCUCCUGCCUUGCAUAAAUAUUGAACUCUUUCUGUCUAAACGUGCAAACAAGCCCAGCUCCCUUUUAUAUUGAACAUCCAGGUGACAGGCCUUCACUUGCAAAGACAGGAGGGAGUGACCAAAAUAGAAACCAACUGGUACAAGUUUAAACUGCUGGUUUCUUUUUCCAAGGAGACCAGAAAUUCUCACUGGCCAUCGAGGGUUGCAGCUACAACACUAUAAAUGCUACCAUUCUUUGUGUUUGUUGGCAUUAAUGAAAGUCAUAGAUACUGACUGAAAAAUUGAGAUUUGGUUUGCAGAGAUAGAGCUGUUCCGAUACCGAUACCGGUAUCAGAAAAGCCUCCGAUACUCAAAUGCCCGAUCAGGUAUUGGCAAGUACUCAAGUCUAUGUAUCGAUCCAAUACCACAUAAUUUAGUAAUAAACUCAAAAACUCCUGAGGACAUUGAUAUUCUUAGAAUAUCUCCAGAACCCUGCAGUCUAGAAACUAACUUUAAAAGUUUGCCACUUAGUCACCAUUGUAGCUUUCUUUGAGAUGCACUGUAAUCCAGCAUGGAUCAGCAAAUUUACAAAACUAAAUGAAUGUCUUUUCUGAUGACUUAUCCAUUUAUCCACAUUGAAAGGAGUUGUUGUAGUUAACUGUUAGCUGAAGCCUACAGGGUACACAAUGUAUCCCAAUACACAUUGGGUUGAGUCUGACGACGAGGUCUUGUUGCUGUGUGCAUAACAGCACUGAUUCCAGAGGCCAUGCGCAAUGAAAUAGCAUUACAUUCACCCCAUCUUUGUGUCAGUAGAUCUGUGCUCACAGUCAGUCAUCGGUUCUCACUCCCAACUCGUCAAAUACUGUUGCUUAAUCAGUGGUCAGAGACGCACAACACACCUAGACAUCCUUUGCAGCGGUAUGAUAUGCAGGGUCUCAGAAGGUUAAGCUAAAACAUGAUGUAUUUUUAAACCUAACCACAUACUUUUGUUGCCUAAACUUAAGGAUCUAAAUCUAAAAGGAAGUGUUUACCUACGUUGUAAGUUCAUAUUGAAAAUUACUUUAUGUAAUGAGCAAAACUGUGCAUUUCCUGUUAGUGGAAAGUGUAUUUUAUCAAGACACAAUGCAUGUAACUAAACUGACGUACUGUUACGGAGGGUCCAUAAGUGAUGCAAGAAGGGACCUAGCGCGUCAUAUUUUGAGGUGAUGAGAACAGAUUUUAUUUGGCUUUUUCAAACUGAAAUAGGUUAGUAGUAUAUAGCACUGGCAACGGAUCAGUACUUGGUAACAGCCGAUACUCAAGUAUCAGGUAUCGGAACAAGUACUGGGAAGGGGUGGAUGGUAUCAGAACAGCUCUAUCUAGAAGAUAUAAAAAUAUCUGGUUCAGAUGGGAAUAUCAGAGCAGGUUUGUGGUUUUUCUGCUCAGCAGAAAGUGGAAGAUGAAAUGAAGAAUAGCAGUUUAACCAAUGGGUUAAAAUUGUAUCACCAAUGGCAGCUCUACUUGUGUGUUUCAGUAUUUUAACAGGGCACUCUCCUGUUGAACUGAAUGGUUGCGAAUGUGUGGGAAUGUCAAGAGUGUUUUUUUGUUGUUGUUCAUGUUCUGUACCAAUCAUAGAAAGCUGAGGAUUUUGGACUGAAACACUGAAUGUGUUGUUUUUCAUGUUCAUUGAGACUUUAAGGAGCCAAGACAUGGAAGUACUCAAAUUACAAGACAAUUUAAAAAAAAAAAAAUUGGCCUUUCUCAAGCUCAAAGAUUUCAAAUGUGAAUGUGUUUUCUGGAAAAGGUUGUUCCAUGUUGUCUCAAAGGAUGCGGUUCAGUUCUGUGUCAUCUUAAUGAAUGAUUGUCAAUUCUGCUGUGCCUGUGUGUUCUUCGUCUGUUUGUAUUUGCACUCUGAAUUUUUUGAGGCAAAAUCACUUGCAUAUCUGAUGUUUUCUGUCCGCUUGUACACUACACUUUCACACGACAACCCCCGGUUGAUGAAACACUGAUCACAAAGUCUGUAUAGUAGCUGUUUUUUUAGCACAAAUGUACACACUCAUGCCUACAUGCAACAUGGAUUUGCACACAUUGCAGACAUACAAAAACACAAAUGCAUGCAGACACUCCCUGAACCCGCAAUCAUACGAAAACAUACAUGCACAAGCACAUCCUGAAUCACACAAACACCUUCUCACAAAUACACACACUCUCUCUCCGUUCUCCUUGUGUGUUUUUCAUCGUUUUUCAUGUCACCUUGUGAGAGUCAGAGAUCCAGACUGCAGCUCUUGCUCUUGGCAGAGGGGGGGGGGGCACGCAUUACUAUGUGUGGCACCACCUCUGUUUCCACCAGGUCUGAAUUUCAAAUCAAACGAACCCCCUUUUUCUACCAGCAUUCCCUCAUCGCCUCCACCCUCCUCCCUCCUCCCUCCUCCCUCUUCCAUUUUCUCAGAUAUGAUCCCUUUCAACUCCUCUCCUCUGUCCGACUCCCCCUUCCCCUUCCCCUCCACCUCCCCUCCCUCGCCCCCUUCUCCACCUUUUUCCUCCGUUGUCUUUCUCCUUUUUUUUCUCUGUACAAAGUGUUUCAAAUUUAUCAUUUGUAUAUUAUGAUGUAUGGGUACGAUAAUGUUCUUUAUUAUGGAAAAAUGAGAAAGAUUUAUUUUUGUUACUGGUUUGUUUCAUAAUUCCUUUUUUAAAUUGGUAUUGUAAUAUCUCUAUGCAAGGAACUGUUCGGUGAAUCGUUUUUAUUUAAGAAUGUAAUUAUGUGUAAUAAAUGGUAGAAGCAG